AUGUUAACAACAAAUUUCCAAGAGAAGAGAUUAAUAAACCCCAAUAACAAACCAAGACACGAUACUCUCAUGUUUUCUCCCCUUAGAAUUUCAACUAGUAUACCAAAGAAUAAUUCUCACUUUCUUAACGAAGAAGGACAACUGAACAAAACAACCUCCACAAUACAACAUGAUAGGGUUCCAUCUGAUAUAACGUCAAAUACAUCCCUUUCCUCAAAUUCUGAGGCAUCUGACAUGGUCAAAUUAUAUGAAAUAAAAACGCAGAGCAGCCAUUCUACAAAAUUAGAAAGUAAACCAUUUACAGCCCUUUUCAUUGGAGACCUCAACGAAGAUGUCACAAAGGAAACAUUAGAAUCAAUCUUUGGGGUUUAUCCAAGCUUUGUUUCUGCUAAAGUUUGUUAUGAUUUUCAAACUAACGUUUCUUUAGGUCAUGGAUAUUUGAACUUUGGUGAUAAAGAAGAUGCUGAAAAGGCAAUUGAUGAUUUUAAUUGUAUGAAGUUAGGUGAUAAAGUUAUAAGGAUUAUGCCUUCAUUAAGAGGAAAAAACACCAAGAAAAGCAUUGGCACAAAUGUCUUUUUUACUAAUUUACCGGAUGAAGACAAUCGUUUAUUCCAUUCAAGAAAGUUCUUUGAAAUAUUUAGACAGUUUGGCAAAAUAUUAUCUUGUAGGUUGGACCCCAAUAAGAACAUUGGUUUUAUUUCCUUUGAACAUGAAGAGGUAGCAAAGACGGUAGUUAAAAAGUACAAUAAUUCUAUGUUUUUUGGAAACAGAAUAACUUGUGGUAUUCUUUCAGAGGAUAACUCUAAAAAACCUAUAAUGGAAGAAAAACAAGAACAAGCCAAACAGUUUUCUCAACUUAAUAAAAAAUAUGAUCUUAACGAAAAAAAUAUGCCAAGGGCCCUUUUAAACACCAAUAACCUUUUUAUUGAGAAUACUGUUUUUGUUAGUAAUCUUCCUACUAGCAUAACUGUCGAAGAAAUUAGGAAUCAUUUCAAUAAAAUUGGGAACAUUAUGAACUUAUUCAUAUCAGAUAAAAUAAGUUCAAAUGCUUUGUGGGCUUUUGUUAAAUACUCAACCGCUGCUUGUGCCAUAAGAGCCAUAAAAGAGUUGAAUAAUACAUUUAUAAGAAAAAAACAGAUUGUUGUUUCACAAGCUUUUAGAAGAGGUGAAACUCAAUUCCAUUUAAGUAGAAAACCAACCAAGAGAAUUUUAUAUUUGAAAGAAUUAAGUAGGAUUUGUGACAAAGAUUUUGUUUCACAGUUCUGCCACCAGAGAAGGAUCAAAUUCGAUGAAAUUUCUUUAACAAAAGUUAACCUUGAGAAAUCUACUCAUACUGCCCGUAUCAAGUGUCGAACAGAUGAAGAUGCCAGGAAAUUGUAUAAUUCAAUUAACAACCGCCUGAUUGCUGGCUCUAUCAUAAAAGCCUCCUGGGAAAAUUCGAAUGAAAUAGAAAAUGUUGAAAAAGACAUUUCGAAUAACGUCGAAAAUCAAAUCAGGACUGGAAAGUGUACUUCUUAUACAAAAAGUUUUCAUGAUCCUGUAUUAUCACUUUAUUGGAAUCACAAUAAUGCUGUCCCAAUAUUUACUUACAAAUAUGUCUCACAGGUUCUGAAGUCACAAAUUAAAAAGAACCUUGAUUUUCUUAGGUUCCCUUUUGCCACAAGAGAUAAAAAUAUAAAAUAUAUCAUUGAUUAUAUUAUUAAAGUAUAUUGGAGCGAGGAUAUCAACACCCUUGGAUAUUUUCUUUCAGUACAGUUUACGAAUAGUAGAAAUGAAGAAAUAUUGAACUGUCAGAUUGAAGCAGCAGCUAACUUUUUAGGAUUUGGGAGAUAA